AUGACCAACGUCGCUCACGUUCAAGACUACGAGUACACCGUGCAGGUGAAUCGUUGGUUCCUAAAACCGAUAGGGGCCUGGCCCAAACUAACCGAGUCCACGUGGCCCGAGAGGAUCCUCGCGAAACUGUUGAACCUCGUCUGUCACACGUUGGUCGUCCUCACGUUCCUACCCUGCGCGUUAUUUAUCCUGUUCGAGGAUACGAGCAUGGAGGCGAGAAUGAAAGCGAUCGGCCCGAUGAGCCAUUGGCUGAUGGGCGAACUGAAUUAUUGCUGUCUGCUGGGACGGAUGAACGACGUGCAUUGCUGCUUGAAACACGUUGAGAGCGAUUGGAAGACGGUCGGAAAGCCGAGGCAUCGCGAGCUGAUGUUGCAAAACGCGAAAGUUGGUCGUUUCAUCGCGUGCGUAGCCGCGUUAUGUAUGAACAUCGGUGUCCUCUCGUACAAUAUAGCCACGAGCGCGAAGACGACGGUGUUUCGCGUCGGUAACGAGAGUCACACGAUGUACCUGUUGCCUUGUCCGUUUUAUACGAAACUAAUGGACACCAGGUACAGUCCGGUGAACGAGAUCAUCUUUGUCAUGCAACUAGUAUCCGGUUUGAUCGUUAAUUUCGUGACGGUGGGUGCUUGCGGUUUGGCCGCCACGUUAGCGGCGCAUGCCUGCGGCCAGCUGAACGUCGUCAUGUCCCGAUUGGAUGAUAUGGUGAACACGAAGGCGGAACAAUCGCCCGCUCGGAACAAAUUGGCUUUCAUCGUCGAACAUCAUCUACGCUCGUUAAGUCUUAUAUUGCGUAUAGAAAAAGUUAUGAAUCUCAUUUGUCUUGUUGAGUUAGUGGGAUGCACGUUCAACUUGUGCAUGCUCGAAUACUAUAUCCUUACGGAAAAAUCGAAAGAGACCGUAGCUUCGUACGCUAUUCUAUACGCAUCCAUGACUUUUAAUAUCUUUAUAUUUUGCUAUAUCGGUGAGAAACUCACGGAACAGUGCAAAAAGGUUGGCAAAAUAGCAUACAUGACAAACUGGUAUCGUUUACCUCACAAAACUGCUGCUGGUUUGAUCCUGGUAAUCUCAAGAUCGAGCCAAGUGACUAAAAUCACUGCUGGAAAAUUAGUCCAUAUAUCUAUCGCAACUUUUGGCGACGUAUUUAAAACGUCUUUUACGUACUUCAAUAUGCUUCGCACAAUUGCAAUGUAA